AUGACCCAGAACCAAAAGGCAUGGAGCGGACACGGUGGCUCGACAACGAGGAUGAACAACCAGAUGUGCGAAUCGACCCAGAACACACGAUUCUGUGCUCGAUCGUCCAGCUUCUGCACCCCAUGCCCAGAGAAAAGUUGUGGUUGUGGCAAACAAGUCAUUAUGUACAAGUCCAAUUCCAAGCUUAAUCCUGGAAAGCUUUUUUGGAGAUGUCCUGAUUGGAAGGAAAGUAGGACCUGUGGUUUCUUUGAAUGGGUCAAAGCUGAAGGUGAAGCUGAAAAUGAGGCUGAUAAUGAGGAAUCCUCUAAAGUGAAUGUAGAAUUGAAGAUUGUUGAGGACCUUACUGAGAUGAUGGACAAUAAAAUUGGUAAGCUGAGGGAAGAGCUGCAGGGAGACAUGAAGGAAAUCAUGCAGAGUGUGAUUGGCAAGAUCAUGGAAGACAAGAAUGAAAUGAAAGACAAGAAGAUUGCCAAGUUAAAGCUCAAACUGAAAAAUGAGGGCUUGAAGAGCAAUGUGUUGUUGGUGUUGUUAGUUUUAGGGUGUGCUGUAGUUUUGGCAAAAUUCCCUUCUUACUUCUUUGACAUCCUCCCUUUAUUUCCCUGUCCUUCACUGCCAACAACUUUGGCUUUUCCUCUUCUAAUUGUAGAUCUAGUUGCAGCAUCUUUGAAGUCAUUUAGAACCCAAUGGCCAAUCUCAUUGUCACGACCUCUCUUUCUUCCUCCUAGGCCAGACUUAGCAGCUGAUCUUGUAGUGGGCUGUGAUGUAGCUUUUGGUGGCUGUUGUGGUUUUGGUGGAGGUGGCUGGGAAGAAGGUCUUGUUGGAUGUGGUGGUUUUCCAGCAAGUUUUGUAGGUGGCUGGGAAGAAGGUUUUGGUGGUUGUUGUGGUGUUACAGCAGCUCUUGGAGGUGGCUGUGAAGAAGGUCUUGGUGCCUGUGGAGGUUUUGCAGAAACUGUUGGUGGUGGCUGUGAAGAUGGUUUUGGUUUUGGUAGUGGUUUAGAGGUAGGUUUUGGGGGUGCUUUGUAUUUUGGCUUUGGGUUUGAAGAAGUUGCUUUUGCAGCAGCUUUUGGUGGUGGUUUAGAGGUAGUUUUUGGGGGUGCUUUGUCUUUUGCCUUUGCAGCAGUGACUUCAUCAUUUGUUCCAGCUCCAGCUUCAAGGCUUGUUCCAUCAAUAUUAAUACCAAACACCUGCAAAAAGAGUAAUGAGGUUCUGCGCAAUGCAAUAGCCAGGGUUGGAACUGAUGAGGAUGGACUAACUCGUGUGUUUGUGACCAGAGCUGAGAAGGACCUGAAGGACAUUAAAGAGCUGUAUUACAAGAGAAACAGUGUUCAUCUUGAGGAUGCUGUGGCCAAAGAAAUCCCAGGAGACUACAAGAAGUUCCUCCUCACUCUUUUGGGGAAAGAAGACUAAAUUCAUUGUUCUUAGAUUGCAAUUGAUUUCUAAAGUGGUUUUAAGACUGGACAGGUGAUUGAAUGGGUACUCAAAGUAUGGAUU